AUGGAAGAAUUAAAAUUACCAACUGCAUUGGAUGAUAAUGAUGAUAAUUCACAAUUUUUCAGCGUAGAUUCGAAUAAACUUAGAGCGAAAUAUAUAGGAUUUGACACAAAUUGUGAUGAUAUCGACAUAUUAAAUGAGAACUACUGGAUGUCUAUAUAA